AUUACGAUCAUCUUAAAAAAAAUUUGAGACAAAUCGGACCAGCCGUUCUCGAUUGAUGAGGAUGAAAAUGCUACUGUUGCUAGCGUUGCUGGCCAUGCAACCGUGUCCUGGAAUCAUCUUCGGAGCUCGAAUAUUGGCUGUCGAACCGCAGGGCAGUAAGAGCCACUGGCAGUACAUGAAGUCCAUACUGGAUUUGUUGGCAACCCGGCACCAGGUGACCGUCAUCACGCCGCUGCCCACCGGUGACCGCGAGAAUUACACGGAAAUCGACGCGUCACAGGUGUUUCCAGUUUACCCGGUGUCGGACGCGGUGGACAUGAUCGAUCGGUUCGGGUCGGUGGUGAACUUGUUGCCGCCGGUGCCGGAACGCAGCCACGAGCGCGACAUUUGCGACGCGUUUUUCGACUUUGCUCCAAUCAGGGACCUGUUGGACCGCGGCGCCGACGGCCGGUACGACGUGGUCCUGCUUGAGCCGUUCUACUCGCCGUGUCUGUCGUACCUGGCGCACAGGCUGCGUGUGCCAGAAAUCUAUGCGAUCCCGUCGUCGAUGAACACGCCCUUGGAGAUGCUGAUAUUCGGAACCGAGCCUAACCCGGCAUACGUGCCCAACCUGCUGUACAACGGCGCGGUAAUGGACGGCUUCACGCAGCGGUUGGCCAACGUGGCGCUGUUCGCGUACGUCAAGAUCGUUCCGUGGCUGACCAACGUUCGGAUGAUGUACCGCGAACCGAAGCGCUACGACGCGGCCGGUGUCCGGCACCAUCCAUCGUUGGUGUUCAUCAACACGCAUUUCAUCACCGAAUCGCCGCGACCGUUCCCGGUCAACAUGAUACAGAUCGGUGGCAUCCACCUGCAGCCUCCCGGAGUGUUGCCGGACGACAUAUUAGAAUUUAUUGAAAAUUCACCACAUGGAGUAAUAUACUUUACAUUUGGAUCCGUGUCAUCAAUGUCAACCCUGCCAAGACACAUUCAACAAACAUUCAUUGAAGCGUUUUCACAAGUUCCUCAAAGAGUGAUGUGGAAGUAUGACGGUGAAAUUAGUGGCUUGCCUGAAAAUAUAAUGACGAGAAAAUGGUUCCCACAACGAGAUAUUCUUCUUCAUCCAAAUGUAAAGUUAUUUAUAAGCCACGGUGGCAUAUCUGGAGUGUACGAAGCCGUAGACGCCGGAGUCCCAGUUCUCGGAUUCCCUCUUUAUUACGACCAACCAAGAAAUGUGGGUAAUUUGGUGGACGCAGGAAUGGCGUUAUCGAUGGACUUAUUGACUGUAGAUAAGAUUGCGUUUUUGGAGAAAAUUAACGAGCUCAUAAAUGAUAAAAAGUACUUUCUCCGUGCAAAAAUCGUUUCGAAACGCUUCAAGGACCGCCCUGUCCCACCAUCAGAAAUGGUCUACUAUUGGUUCGAGUACGUACUACGCCAUAACGGAGCUUACCAUUUAAACUCUAAAGCUCUUAAACUGACUUGGUACCAAUACUUGUUGUUAGAUAUAAUCAUCGUUGUAGUUACAUUACUUUUUAUUUUUGCUUACUUAACGUAUAUCCUCUUCCAUUGGUUUCAAAAUUAUUUAUCGAAGUUUUAUAAACUACAAAAGACUCAUUACCAUUAAGAAAUAGGUAGUUGAUAAUUAUAUAUUAAGAAAUAAUUAAUCAAUGCCUUAUAAGUUAUAGUCUAAAUUUGAUUUUUUGUAUGAAAUUUUAAGCAUUUUCCUUAUUUCUUCACUUCGUGAACACUCCAAAGAUGAUGUCCAUGAAAUAAUCUAAAAUAUCAACUUAGAGUAUUUUUAGUUAUGAUCUUUUAAAAAUACUUAUCCUUUAAAUGAUAUUGUCAGAAGGAAACCCCAUUCGGGUUAUAACAGACUUACGGGUUUUUCAGUAUUCUUAAAGAAUGCCCAAAAAAAAUGUAUUUUAAUAUAAGCUUAUUGAUGUUAGGUAACAUUGAUUGUCCAUUUCUUAUCAAGCCUUCACAACUUUAAGUGCUAAUAAUCGAUACAUGAACCAAAGGUCUGUUCUACAUAAAAAAAUAUAAAUAAAACCAUAAUGGAAUCUAAUCUAUAAACGUUAAAAAUACAAAUACGUUACAUAAAAAAAUAUAAAUAAAACCAUAAUGGAAUCUAACCUAUAAACGUUAAAAAAAUCAAAAUUUAUAAUUUAAAAUGUUACUUUUUAAUUUGUUGUAUCUUAUGUUAAAUAUUUAAUACGGCUAUUGUAAGUGAAGUUUUAUCCAUAGUAUAUAUAUUUAUUAUUAUUGUAGGUACAUUAGGUAUUAUGUUUUGGACAUUUUUUAUAUGUAAACCACGGAUUGUUCCGAAACAGGACGUAUUUUUUAAUAAACUUUAUAUCUCACAAAUAUAGCUAUGUAUAUAUCA